AUGAUUGUUGUGAAGAGUCAUGCUUUCAGUGAUUUAUGGAAAACCAAAUUAGUGAAUUUUUCUGAUAAAAUAGUGUUUCCAUGUUUUUUAUUCAUAGAUGAUCUUGAAAUUAACAACCCGCUAGGAUCUCAUUCUACAUUUAAAGCUGAUUAUUACUUUAUGCGUGAUGGAAAAAAAGCACCAAAAGGAAAAUUAUAUGCAAAUUAUCACAAUGUAAUAAGAAAUUUAAAGAAUGGUGGACUAAUCGAAGCAACAAAGAAACAUAAACUUUCAAAAUAUGGAAAUAGUAAUGUUUGUCAGUUGAAAAACUUUGAUUCAAAAACUGAUAUUGAUGAAUACUUAAAUAGUUUAAAACACGAUAAUUGCUCAUUUAAUGAAAUUGAAAUUAUCUGGAGAGCAACUGUGAAAUAUAGAUUAAAUUAUUUAAGAAAUAGUGAAAGUACCACUGAUACAUUAAAAUACUGGACAAGCUAUAAGCUUCCAGCUGGUUAUAAAUUAAUUGAUAUUGAUUUUAAUAUGCUGUAUCCAAAUUCAUCUAACUUAAUGUCAAUUUAUUCAGAUGUAUCAUUUAAACUUAUAGAUUUGUUAAAAUUAAAAAUUAAAGAUUCCCAAAGUUUAAAACUGCUUGAAGAAGUUCUAGAAAAGAAUCCACUAAAAAUAUUUAUUCCUAUCGCAAAAAAAUCAACCCGUAAUGAUAAAGGACAAAAAUCCACCAUAAAGUACUCAAUUCGAGAUUCACAGCAAUCGUUUUUAAUUAAUGUUGAUACAGUUUCGCAGUUUGAAGAUGUCAUAGCUAAAAAAAAGGUUUAGGUAUCCCAAUACAACCAUUCAUUGUUGUAAUUGGUCAAUUACUAGAACCAAAAGAUAUUAUUGUA